AUAUACUCACUCCUUGUUGCAGCGGUAGACAAAGGCAGCCUGAAUUCGCUCCAAGGCCCGGCUGUUCCUCCCAUCACCAUCAUCCUCCCACAAUGCAGUUCCACCUGUGUCAUCGUUCCCCCCUGGAGGGGUGGGGCUGGCGGGUGGGCUCUCUCUGCCUCUAAGCCCUGCAGCCGCUGGCGGCAAUUGACACCGCCCGGGGUCUGGGAGCGCACAGACACAAAAGCGGCCUCUCCCUUCGGACAGCACACCGCUGCGGCUCUCUUGGCGUGGCCCCUGGGGCAGGCCAGGAGAUGCUCUGGGCUCGUCCCGCAGCACCUCGCAGGAGGCGGCGGUAGCUGCCUCUGAGCCGCAGUGACGUGCGCACAAAGGGGGAGAGGAGCCGGAGCCCUCGCUCCUGUCUGAAGCCGGCUGGACUCCAGAGGGGCCGGGUUUUAAUACGAUGAAUACAGACACACGCAGCUCGGCCGCGUGGGUGGGUUAUUUGGUGCGUGGCUCGUAGCUCUGAUGCAAGCUGCUCAGCAGUGCUACAGCCCAUAGGGGGAAGAAGAGGAGGAAGCGGCUUUCUCUGGUCCACGCUGCAGCUGAAGGUCGCGUCUAAGCAUCUCCCGCCCGCUCCGCUUGCCCGCCUGGCUGCGAGGAGAAGGCGCCGCUUUGACCCUUCCUCCCGAGCGGGACACAACCCACGGGGCCUUCUCCGCACGCGGCGGUGGCCAGCGCCUGCCACGAAGGACAGCGGCGGGGACACCUUGGAGGCGAAGCCCAUCCUGGCUGCGGAGGUUUGUCGAGCUCACGUUGUGUCUACUGUCUACCUACAAAAUAUACACUAUUAUUUGGAUAAACAUUUGGAUACUUAUACUUCCUAGCUCACGAUGCCUUUCAAAAGCGGAUUAGAAUUAACUGAGUUGCAGAAUAUGACUGUCCCUGAGGAUGAUAACAUCAGCAAUGAUUCAAAUGAUUUUACAGAGGUAGAAAAUGGCCAGAUAAAUAGCAAGUUUAUUUCGGAUCGGGAGAGCCGAAGAAGUCUCACGAACAGUCACUUGGAAAAAAAGAAAUGUGAUGAAUAUAUUCCAGGAACAACCUCAUUGCGAAUGUCUGUCUUUAAUCUCAGCAAUGCCAUUAUGGGUAGUGGAAUUUUAGGCCUUGCCUUUGCAUUAGCCAACACAGGAAUCAUCCUUUUUGUGUUUCUGUUGACUUCAGUGACAUUUCUGUCUAUUUAUUCAAUAAAUCUCCUGUUGAUAUGUUCAAAGGAAACAGGCUGCAUGGUGUAUGAAAAGCUUGGCGAGCAGGUCUUUGGCACCCCAGGAAAAAUGAUUGUUUUUGGAUCCACUUCUCUCCAGAAUACUGGAGCAAUGCUGAGCUAUCUCUUCAUAGUAAAAAAUGAGCUGCCCUCUGCCAUAAAGUUUCUUAUGGGAAAAGAAGAAGCAUUUUCGGCAUGGUAUGUGGAUGGGCGAAUUCUUGUUGUAGCCGUAACAUUUACUAUAAUCCUCCCCUUGUGUCUUCUUAAGAACUUAGGGUAUCUUGGAUAUACUAGUGGAUUUUCCCUUGGUUGCAUGGUUUUUUUCCUCAUAGUGGUUAUCUACAAGAAAAUUCAACUUUCCUGCCCAGUACUGGAGCCAAAUGCAACAUCACCUAUCAUAUCAAAUGUUAGCUCAGCACAUGAAGAUAUGUGUCAACCAAAGUAUGUUACCUUUAAUUCCAAGACUGUUUAUGCUUUGCCCACCCUUGCAUUUGCAUUUGUGUGCCACCCAUCGGUCCUUCCAAUCUACAGCGAACUUAAAGAUCGCACACAGAAGAGAAUGCAAAUGGUUUCAAAUACCUCAUUUUUUGCCAUGUUCGUUAUGUACUUCAUGACUGCCAUUUUUGGCUAUUUAACUUUCUAUGACAAUGUGCACUCAGAUCUGCUUCACAACUACCAGAGUAGAGAUGACAUCCUUAUCCUGACAGUGCGUGUGGCUGUCAUUUUUGCAGUCAUACUCACAGUGCCAGUGCUGUUUUUCACUGUGCGUUCUUCUUUAUUUGAGCUGGCUAAAAAAACAAAAUAUGACUUAUGUCGUCAUGUUGUGGUUACUCUUGUCCUCCUGGUUAUCAUCAACCUGUUAGUAAUUUUUAUCCCCUCAAUGAAGGAUAUUUUUGGAGUUGUAGGAGUAACUUCUGCCAAUAUGUUGAUUUUCAUUCUUCCUUCAUCGCUGUAUUUAAAAAUCACACAUCAGGAUACAGAAAAAUUUACUCAGAGGAUUUGGGCUUCUCUUUUCAUGGUAUUGGGAAUAUUGUUUUCCCUCGUGAGCAUUCCUUUGGUCAUCUAUGACUGGGUGCACUCAGGAGACAAUGCUGAAGGCAACUGAAGUCAACAUCAUGCUGAAAACGAUACAUCCCUGUUUGCUACUCAUCAGAAUCACAACCAUUCUGUUUUGUUAUCUAUCCCAUCCGUUAUGAGUUUACUCAAAUCAAAUCCAAAUAAUGAAAUACUGAUAUAGAUGGUAUUUUCUUGCAGAAAAUGCCCAUUUUCCCCAACAGCAGUAUCAGUUUCUCCAGUUCCAUUGAGUUAUCAAAUCAAUGUUAAGGUUGUGUUGACUGUCUGCAAGGGUUUACAUGGCUUUGCCACUUGGUUCCAAUCAUAAUUAAUUUUUACUCUUCUGGUCAUGAAUUAGAUUGUUCUAGUACUAGUCUUAAAACUUCCGAACCAUAAUAUUUAGUCCUUUGGAGCAAGCACUGUAUUUGUUUUUGUUUUACAAAUCCAGAUUCUAGAAUAGUUUCCACAAAUGAUGUUCUGUUCUCACCGUCUCUUUUUUUUUAACCAAAACUCUACUCUUAAAUUGCAUACAUUUGAUCUGGCUUUUCAUUACUAUUUUGUGAACCAUUUCCCCUCAUUUAGUAAGUGUAGCAUUCUGGAGUGUUUACAUGAAGGGCAGCAUGAAAGCAUCAGUUGGUAUUAGAUAAGAGUAUGUCCUACACUUGGUGCUGCUCUUCGUUUAAAAAAAAAAAAAAAAAGGUUAUGGGAGCAGCCAGCCCAAAUGGUUGAGCUGAUAGCACAUCAAACCACCAUGCAGAGACACAUACUCAACCAUGAGUGACCUUAGACCAAGAGGAAUAUCAAAUGGCACUAACCCUUUUGAAACUGACCAGUAAUAGACUUGGUAUAGAGCACUGAACAUUUGAAACCAACCAGGAGAAGGCAGAGCUGAUUUCGGUGUGAAAGGAAAGAUUCAGAAAUAUGCAUUUUCUUCCAUAUACACCAAUAUUUACUAAAUACAUCUAUGCUUUUCAAGAAAAAAUGAAAAAUUUCCAGUUAUAUCGAAAACCACCAUCUUUAGUCACACUUAAUGCCUUUUCCAUCCUAGGAUAGUUUUGCAUAUACCUAAGGCUGACCUUGUAAAGAAGUUAACUUACUCUUUUAGGGUCAGCCCUCGUCCGAUUGAAGUCAGUAUGAGUUUUGACUCCAGUGGGAACAGGAUCAGGCCCUUAUGCAAAACUGGAUUCUUAAUUGGAAUCAAGCCAGAUUUUUAUUUUUAACACCUCUUUAAAUAGAACACUUUUUUAUAUUUAAAAAGCCUAUUUCUGUUUCUUCAGGAUCAAACAAAAAUAGCUAUAAAUUAUUUGCAGAGGCACUCUAACUUUGCAUUUAUAUUGUGGCAUAUUGUCAGUUUGGAGAAUGGCUCAGGUUAGAGAUUCAGGUACUAAACAGGUGAUCUUUAUCGUCAAAUACUGAAUCAUUUUUAGUAAUAAUGUACUGCCAGGGGGACACAUUUGUUCAUGUUGUAUUGUUCUUGAUGUGUGAAUUAGAGAGAGUCUGAAUUCUGCUGUCAAACUUGCAUGCUAGGGAUCGGCAACCUUUGGCACACGGCCCGCCAGGGUAAUCCCCCUGGCAGGCCGGGCUGGUUUGUUUACCUGCCGCAUCCACAGGUUCGGCCAAUCGCAGCUCCCACUGGCCGUGGUUUGUCGCUCCAGGCUAAUGGGGGCGGCGGGAAGCAGCGUAGGCCGAGGGAUGUGCCGGCUGCCACUUCCCACAGCCUCCUGGUGGGCUGCCUGCCAAAGGUUGCUAAUCCCUGUCCUAGUGUAAGCAGAGUCUGAAUGAGCUCUCCCCUGACAUCUAGUGGUGAGCUGUGGAAAAAGACAUCAGAAGCUGAUCUUGUUUGCAUGGACACACCCACCCUGUCUAGGUGCUCAGCAUGAUGGGAUUGCUUGCCCAAAUGAUCACUUGUGGUUGGUGUUGGAUCCCCAGUCUUCUUGUUUUGGGGCAAGAGUAAUAAAGGGUUGUUAUCCUUGUUGUGUGAACAGAGGGCAGCAGAACUGUACCUGGCAUUCCCCGAUGGAGGGACUCACCCUCAACUGAACAGCACUUGCUAGGCAGGGGACAUGGGUUCCAAAGCCCAAUGACUUGAGAGAGGAUGGGUCUUGUUUAAGGGUCUUAGACACUGUUUGACCCUCCCUCUCUCCAUGGUAUAAUAAAAGAGCUAAUUUAGAUUCAAUUGAGAGUCUUGUUACAUGCUGCAGAGCUGAAAUCACUGAUACUUAGGUCUAAGUAUUAGAUCUACUUUAGGACAGCGUCUCUAUUGUAAGACACUGCCCAGUGUGCACCAGCAGUGUGGCUCCCCAACUAACAGUUGAAGUCACUGAGAGACAUUUUGGCAAGUGGCCAGCAGGGUGGCUGAUGGAGAGGGCUAGAGCAGAGCCCCGCAGAGAGGCGUGGCAAUUGGCUGUUGGGGUAACAAGCAAGUACCCGAGCAGCAAAGCGUGUAAGGUGCCUCCUUACACCACACCCCCCACUUCCACACAGCGUUGGAGCUGAACUCUGCGAAUGAACCGCUGAACUCUGGGGCUGCACUGGCCAAGGACAGCAACUGUGAGUGGGGUACAGAGAAGGGACGGGCACGUUAAAGGGACUUGGGUUUCUGGAUUAAGAACCUGAGGUGAAAAGGACACUGCCCAACUUACUUAGGCAUGGGUCUUUUGCUCAUGGUUUGCGUUUAUGAACUCUAGUUGCAGUGUUUUCCCAAAUUAAUUCUGAGUUCCCUCCUUUUAUUAAAAAGUUUUUACUACACUCAGACUCUGUGCUUGCGAGAGGGGAAGUAUUGCCUCUUAGAGGCACCCAGGGGGUGAUGUGUAAUUGUCCUAGGUCACUGGGUGGGGGCUUGAGCCGGUUUUGUGUUGUAUUGUUGCAAAGGAACCACUAGAUACUGAACCCAGCCCUUGCUGCUGCUGGCUCCACCUGGCAGAAGGGUUACACUAGCAAUGGAACUAAUGGCUAACAGGAGUCCAGGUGCACAUUCAGGGGUUGAACGAUGCCCUUUAUAAGUUCAAGUGUACCUGCCAAUUUGUGAGGACUCUCAUUUUCAGUGGCAGAUUCAUUUUACACACACACACUCUAUAACUAAGGAUUAGCAAUUGUAUGUAUGGAUAUUAUGUGUCACUGCAGCUUUUUCUUUUUACAGACCUGAUAGUUCAAGAUAUUGAACGUCCUGUGAGCUGUUGAAUUGCCUUCACUCCUAUUGCCUUGUCCUUACAUUGCUUGAAGUCACUGGGAGUUGAGGUCACUUAGCAACUUGCAGGAGGUGCUCAGGACCUGUAAGGUUCUAGCCCUAUGGGCUAGUCUACGCUACACAGUUAGGUCAACAUAAGGCAGCUUAUGUCGACCUAAUUAUGUCAGUGUACAUGCUACAGCCUUGACCCGCCGAUAUAAGUGCCGUACUACGCUGACAUAAUAACUCCACCUCCACGAGAGGCAUAAAGCUUAUGUCGGUGUAGUUAGUGCAGUGCAGUGUUUGUGUAGACACUGCAUCUCUUACAUUAGCUUUCUUGUCAAUUUCACAACAGGAGCCCUGCUGGGAGGCAGGGUGAGAAGCCCAAGCAGCCCUGCGCCAGCUGCCAGCAGGGGGAGGGGUGAGAAGCCCCAGGUGGCUUCCCCUGGCUCCCUGUGGAGAAUGUGGGGGCAAAAAGCCUCAAACAGCUUUGUCCCGCUCCCAGUGAGGACUGGGGAGCAAAGAGGGGGGCAGCCCGCUGGGAGCCUAUGGGGCAGCUGGGCUCCAGGCAGGGAGCUGCCAGAGGAGCUCAGAGAGCAGGCUCUCAGCUCCCCACACUGCCCCUCUUAGGUCAGCAGAAGUGCUCCUCAUGAGGACAUGCACCACCAACCCAAAGAGGGUAGUGUGGACCUGCACUACCACAUUAAAUUACUAUGGUGGCUGUAAAUUGACCUAAUAUAGGUCGACUUUGGUUUGUAGUGUCGACACCCUAAAAGACUAACUUUAACCUGUGAAAAUUUCAUAGGCGACUGUGUUAUCCUACAAGUACUCUGAGGUUGUCCUCCUUCCCAUUCCCUUUUCAUUCUCUCUUCUACUUCUGACAGCAUAGAUUACUGAGUUGAUGGGACUGUGACAGAGGAGAUAUUGAGGGGGACUUUCAAAGGCACAAAUGAAUUAGGUGCUCAACUUCCAUUGAUAUUCAAUGGGAGUUGGGCACUCUCCCUCUUUACUUCUUCCUCACCCGCUUUGUCCCCUUCUUCAAUUUGCAUACUGCAGUCUUAUUGGAUAAAAUAAAAUGAAUUAGCAGGAUUUAUGCACUGAGUGCAAUUUCCCUUAGGCAUAGGACCAUCAUCAUUUCUGUCCUGAAAGGGUGCAAGAUGAGUUCAGUCCUUAAACAGGCUGUGUGCUGGCCCUGUACACAGGGUGGGGGGGAGGAUUUCACUCAGACUGAUUUACUGGCAUCAUAUAUAUAUAGCUAUUUAUGCAAAGGAAUAAUAUGUAUGUUGAUGUCUGUAGUACAGACUGUGAAAUAAUAUGCUUUUUUAUUUUCUCAUCAGGUUUAUACAUUCUUAACAGAAUGCAAUAGACCCUGCUGUAACUGUCAGAAUCACUGUAUGAGGUUAUCUGUAAAAUGUGCUGCUUUUAUUCAGUUUGUUUGGAAUAGUGAACUUGUAGCUAACAAAAGUCUGAGUCCCACAUUUUAGCUAGGCUUUUAAGAGCACUGUAAAAUGCUAUAGGAGUUCCUCUGUUAAAUAAGUAGGAUCCAGAGUACUGUAUCUACUUAGUAGGUGGCAGCAUGCUUUCCUGUUCUAGAGAGCUUGUCACUAUUGUGGACACUGCAAAUUCAUAGACUGGUCAUGAACCUAGUUAAACUAUUCUGUUAUAGUUAUUGGAAAGUGGUAGGAGAAGGGGGUGGUGGGUGGGGGAGCAGUUCCAAGCAGGAGUUCCUAAUAAGGUUUUAGGAAUAGAUCAUGAGCUAGUGUUAUGUUGACUGACACCAGCUACAGAUCUGGCCUAUAAAAUCCUUUACUUUUGGCUUUUGAUCUUGACUAGCAUUUCACUUACAGUGAUCUGUGGAGAGAAAUGAAGAAGCUCUCUCUCCUCCUGCCUGUUUAUAAACAUAAACAAAUAAAUUACAUUACAAUUUUGGACCUAGAAUCUUGGAAGUAACACUGUUUUGGGAUGAAGUGUACAGAUGGGCCUGCACAAGACCUGUGUGCCACAUAAGCCGUAAUUUGAGGAUGUAAGUGGGAUCUCAGUGGUGCACAGCCCUUGUAUUGGCCCCUUGCAGAAGGGUAAUUCCUACCCUUCAGGAUAUCCAUCCACUCCAGAAGGUUGAUUUUGUGAGCUUAAUAAGGAUGUGUGUGUGUUCUGUUUUGACCGGUCACACAUCUAAAUGAAACUUUGAAAACAUGUUUGGGGACAGCAUGGGAUUCGUCUGUACGUCUGCCUCACGACACAAAACACCAUACGUAUUUAUGGUGCUGUACGAAUAAUUAAUUAUAUAUAAUGGUAUCUAUAGCCCAUCCUAAAUCAGCAAAAACUAAUUGCUUUAAUCUUAUAUUAAGACUAAAGAGCAUCUUGGCAAAAAGCCUUCUGAUUUUGAAUGACCCCAAUCCAGUUCCACAAUCCUAUCACUGGUAUCCUUAGGACCAACCCACAACAGUAUGUAUUCUAUUCCAUCAACAAUACCAAUAAAUGGCUCUUAUUUCCUGCUACCAAGAAGCUCACACAAAAGUUCCCAAGAGCACUUUGCAUCAGGAAAACCUUUUUCCUAUAACAUAUACAAAGAAUGUUUUAUUUGUAUAAAAAAAAAGGCUUUCUGUUACAAACUGUGAAAAUGGUAGCAAAUUAAUAAAUACAGGGCGGAAAUGGUCUGAACAUUCACAUACUGUGCAUAUGUUUGUUUCUAAAGAAGAAUCUAUGCAGUUGUGUGGUAUUGUAUGAAAUGUUUCAUUUUUGUGUAUAUAUAUUGUAAAUAAAUAGGAUGCUGUAUAUUUUUGCUAUUGUUUAUCCCCUAUGAAAGAGAUGUGUUAGUCACUGCGUAUUAACAAAAAUAGGUGUUUGUAUCCAAAUUUGAACAGAAACAUGAAUACCUUAGCUUUUCACGUAGUAAAAUGUACAUCCCUCCCCUCUACCCUUUAUCAUUGUUGCCUCCGUAAACUUUAAACCUAAAACUAUAAUUAUAUUGAUGAAUGUAGCAAGAAAAUGGCUGCAUUUUUUCCAAUAUAGUCCAAUGAAUUUGCUAGAAUUCAGUUCUAAUGCCUGUAUUCGUAUUUUCUCAAUAGCAAAUUAUUCAAACAAUGCUCACGAUGGGUGAAAUUAGUCCCUGUGCAAAGGGCCCACACAAUGCCUAGUCAGCUCCUAGGUUGUUGAUAGGGAUCAAGUGGAACUAAUAUCUUGAACAGGCCUUGUGAAAGUUGCUACACCAGGUGAAUUUCACUCACUGAAAUAAUCAUGCUUUAGAAACAGGUGCUAGAGACAAAGCGAUCAAGUAUAUUCCAUACCAUGUUAACUCUGUACAAUAUAGUGUUCAGUAUUUAUGAAAAAUAGAAGUUGAGAAACGGGUCUAAAAAUAAAUAUUUAUUUUCCAAGCUUGCUUUGUAGCCUAGGAUAAGGACAGGUCUUGAAGUAAUAUUUGUUUUAAACAUGAGCACAAAUUUGAAUGAAAAUGUAUUAGUCGCUUUUACAGAGCUUUUCAAACUGCUGCAUGUUUACAGUGUUUCAGCCAAGACACAGACUGUAAAAGGUAUUUUUUCAUGAGGCUUGAACUUCAGAUUGUUUAUACUAAAUCCAUUUUCUAGAGUCCCUAUGUAAGUUAAGGUUCACCCAGCUGCAGUACAAACACUACAGUGUGAUGUACACUUGAUACCAGGUAAUUUCCAAUGGGGUGUUCAAAUGAGUCAUGACUCAUGGGUGAUAUUUUGCUCCUGCUAACGUCACUAUACUUUGUGCUGUUCAUAUUAAACAUAAGCAAAUAGAUUACAUUGUUUCCAGUUUGUGUGUAAAUAAAUAAAAAAUAAUAAGUUCUAUAAUCUGUUACCAAUAUAGUUUUUAAACAUUAAAAACGUGAUCGAAAA